ACAGAGACAAGUUAUGUUACACUGGAGGGCGCAGUGCUGCAACCUUUAGGACAGUUUUGCUUUCAACAACAGCACUCGCUCUCCUUCCCCCAUCCAACGUGCAGCGCUUUAUUUGGGCCAUACCAGGAAGCAAGACCGUGCGCGUGUGCGCAGCUCAGGAACCGCACGCUCCUCCGUAAUUCAUACAACUGAACAGGAAAAAGCCCAACAGGAUGAAAAGCUAGCAAGAAAAGAAACGUAUUACAAGUGGAGAAGUUGUGCUUCGGCAUGUGUACCUGGGGAGUGGGAGUCCUGACGGCGCUGUGCUUCCUGCAGCCGGCCACAGGUCGUGUUCAACUCCCCCCUCCUCAAGAUGUUACUCUACUGUCAAAAGACUUUGACCUGAUUUUGACAUGGGCGCCGGGAGAAGGUUCCCCACCAGAUGUGACAUACACUGUGAGCCAAGACCUCACGGGCAAAUGGAUAAAGGUUCCUCAUUGCAAAACCAUUCGCCGUACCUCUUGCAAUCUGACCUGUGUGCUUCCAAACCUCUUCGUUAAAGCCCGAGCCCGAGUCAAAGCUGUUUCCGGACAUCUCCAGUCGCCGUGGGUAGAAUCGCAGUUCAAGGAGUAUCACCUGGAUGUGGAACUGGCUCCCCCAGUGCUAAACGUGAACAUCAAGGAGAACGUCAUCCACGUGAACGCCUCCUUCCCUUUGGCCGCCUGCGUGGAGAGUUUCUCUUGGACGUACGACUUGAACCUUUGGGAAGCCGGAUCUGAAGACAAGAAGACAUAUGAAAGAAAAUUUAGGACGGAGACAGUGACUAUUGACACCACUGCACUGAGAGGCAACUACUGCUUGAGUGCCAGAUCUUCCUAUGAAAGCGUUGAAUUCAAGCACAGCCCGUUCUCUCAACCAGUGUGUGUGCUAUUAAACCACAAAGCCAUGGAAUGGAGGUUCCCAUUUCCUGCCACCAUCCCUGUGUUGGUCCUCACCGUGUUCCUCACAAGCGCCUUCAUCAUCUGCUGGCUGAAACAAGAUGCGGAGCAGAAGAUGAUGCCUCACGCUCUGGAUUUCUCUUCUUUAAAAGCUGCUGGAGCAGCCUUUGACUAUGAGCCCAGUGAAAAGGAAUCCUUCAGGGACUACGUUAUCUGCACAGAGCAGCCAGUGUCCCAAAGGAAGACAAACAAAACUUCAGCAAGAAACAACCUACCAUGGACGGAUUCUUUCCUCUCAUCAUCAUCAGAGGAGGAGGAGGAAGAGGACAGCAGUACUUUCAUCCCAUACACUGAAAUGCCUCAGCUUCCAAAGAGACACCUCAACUGUGAACCAUCUAGAACAGCUCAGGAUGAAACUGGCUCGGACUUGGGAUCUGCAGAUCUCUCUGUGGACAGUGAGUCUGUGCUUGACCUGAGCACCUUGGGCUUCUCCUUCUUUCCAACGAGCAAGAAUGAGGUGGACACCUCUGGAUCCGAAGGAAUGGAGACGACAUCUCUUUCUUGUAGCUCCUCUUUGGGAAGAAUAUCCCUCACUGAUGUGAGAUUCCCAGGUCCCAGGGAACACGAACAGCAGGACACAGACAGGGAUGAACACCUGGAAAUGACCCCUUUACAGACACCGGUGGAGGGGACCUGUGCCAAACCUCCAGCCGAGAGCCACUACCUGCACAGGAACGCUCAUCGCUUCACCAAGCAUUACCAGAAAUCAAUACUGGAUCCGCAGGUCCGGAUCGGAGAGAUAUCGCAGCUCAGGGAGGAUCCCAGCACCCAGCAGCUCAUUUCCUUUCAAACAUCCCAAGUGGCAGAAGAUGAAGGGAUCGCAAGCGACUGUGACAGCGAUAAUUCUACAGAAGGGACACCUCCCGCACCCACGGUGCUAAGUGACACAUUUGGAACUUCAACCAUGAAAGAAAAAUAUGAUCAAAAGUUUAAAUUCAAAGGCUAUGAGCACGCACAUUACAUGGGGAGGAGCUAGAGCGUCCUAGCAGUUCUGUGCUGCGCCUGGAAAACGCUAGAGAGCUCCAGAUAUCCGCACAAGGAGAGCGAAACGAGGACAAAUAACUGAUAGUGGUGCUUUUUGUAUUUAUUCACCUAGACAGUUUUUUCCACUGAUGUCUGGCCUAUCAAGGUAUAAGGCUUUAGGGUCAUAAAAGGUGUAUUUUUACUCCUAAGUAACUAAUGCACAUUCGCCGUCCCUCUGCGCGGGGGCAGCUGUGAUAAGGUGUUACGGUUCGGGUAUGAGACACUCAGUUUGAAGGCGGCCAAGGGUGAGACACGCGGUGACAGCACCAGUGUCACCCAGCGAACACGCCGUGUCUUGUGUCCGCCUGGGACGCGAGAGCAAAGGCACUUUUCCAUGCGAGUUACGAAAGGCAAACCCACCUCUGAAACAGCAAAACCACAACCCGGACCCACAUGAAACCACCAGCGAGCGAUGUGCCUGCGCGCUGCUUUCGAGCCAGGAUGAACCACUAACGUUACAACUGCUUGUCCGAAGCUACAAAACUGCGCCCCUGCUCGACUGGAAGUACCGCACAGAGACUUUGAACAACCUUCGCUUUUACGGGAUGAAAAGAUCUCAAGGCACAGAGAUCACCUUCUGUGAUAAAUGUGCGGCAUGCCUGCUAUUUAUUUAUUUUUGUUUUUAUACCAGUGUACUUAUCAAAGCUGAAUUUCUCCCUGCUGUGCAGAUUGUUUGAGAGCUGCUUGACACAGAUGCAAUAAUAUUUUCGUAUAUAA